AUGAAGAAAUCCGAAGAUGACCCAAAGAAACCAGAGAAAAAUGAACAAGAAGAGUCUUCUAAACUAGAAAAUUUUGCGGCUGAAUUUGGAUUGGAUGCAGAUUCAGAAAGCACACCAGAACCAGAGGUAAGAUUUUCUUUUUUGAAAAAAUUAUCUAUAUUGAUUUAGGACAAAUCCGUGAUGUAUGGAGGGAAAUACAAUUCGCUAGAGGCUUGGGAACAGAGAAGAAAUUCUGAGAAUGCGAAUAAACAACCUACACCGAAGACAUCUCCAAAUCCAACCCACAUAAUGGUUGGAGAGAAUUCACCAAACCGGCCAGGUACAAGUCGGCCCUCAAACCGAGCAGGUCCAUCAUCUUCAGCAAAUACAAACCCGACUCCAAUUGACGACGAUACGCAUCACACAAGAUAUAGGGAUUAUUCAGAUCCUCCACAUGAAGUUGGCCAUGAAGAUGUUGCAGUAGACGGGAAUAAUAUCACGGAAACUGUGCCAGUAGAAAAUGUUGAGGCUAGUCCAGAAGAAGUUGUUGCAGAGCAGCUUGGUCAAAAUGCUGAGGAGGAGAAUUCAGGAGAAAGUGGAGGAUUUUUUUCCAAAUUUUUUUCGUGUUUUUGA